AUGGAGGACUGGCGUUACACCCGGAUCUGGAGAAAUCCUUGUCUCCUUGUCGGCUUCCCGUCCACUAAUCUUAUCCCGGCGUUCCUGGACUCUGGGCACUUUUGGAAGUGCCCCGAUGCUCCCAAGUCGCCGUCACCGCCAUUCCAGUACCGACGUUUCAUCCGUCACCUUUUGGUUGUUCAGAGCAAUCCGACGAAGGUGUUUAUGGAACCUGCUCAGCGCGGCAGAUUGCCAAUUGCAAACGCCCACUUCCCUUGGUUCCCGACCGUAGAUGCUCAGGCCGCAACCGGCCCAAGGAAGAUGGAGAAAGACCCGGCAGUCAAUGCCAAUGCCGUCCGUGACAACUCCAAGUCCCCAUGGAACAUGGACCUUUUCUUUCCAUGCGAGCCGAAUACCAAACAGCCUCUCGGCAUUCGUAACCUAAAGCGCCCGGGCCGACAUCCAGAACAACGGGGUGGGGGUGGGUCCUUAGAGACAUUCGGCAUGCGGCAAUCCAUCCUCUCUCAUCUAUCCGUUGUCACCCAUGUCGGCUCUUUGCCGGAGAGUGGACUCCCAAGAAAUCCCCAACCAAGGAAGGAAUUUCUAGAAGCGGCCAAGCGUCGCUAG